GUUCAGGCUGUCUUUUAACCCGACGCUGUUUUUACUGAAGAAACUUUAGUUUUUUUUACAAUGAACAUCCCAGUUGUGGACUUCGGCGCCUACAGGCUGAGCGAGAAGGAUGUCGCUGACGAGCAGUUGCAGAGUUUAAGCACAGAGUUGAAAUCAGCAUUUAGAGAUGUUGGUUUUGCAUUUCUGAGGAACACGGGGAUUACUCAGGAGGAGGUGGACUGUGUUAUGGACAUAUCCAAGAAAUUCUUCCUGCAGCCAGAUGAACUGAAGCAACCCUUCAGCAGGAAAAGUUUCGUGAACAACCCUAACCACGGUUGGGUGUCAUUGGAGACGGAGAGGUUGAAUCCACGUCGACCUGGGGACCUGAAGGAGUCUUUCAACACUGCCUCCCUUCAUCCUGAUAUAAAAUGGCCAUUGUCAGGCAGUUUGGAAAGUUUUCAGGAGUUCCAGACAUCCUUUUUUCUGCGCUGCAAAGAGCUGAGUCUUCGGUUGUUGAGGGUGAUGGCCCACAGUCUGGGACUCGACCCAGAAGUCUUCUUGCGUGCACACCGUUUAAUAGGAACUGACAAAAAUGGCACUACGAUGCGAUCUCUCUACUACCCACCAGUGAAUUGUGAGAAAGCAAAGGAGGGCCAGCUGCGAUGUGGAGAGCAUUCAGACUAUGGCAGCAUUACUCUGCUGUUCCAGAGCUCAGAAGGUCUGCAGGUGCGUACACGCUCAGGUGAAUUCAUCCCUGUUCCCUGUAUCCCCGGAGCCAUCCUCAUCAAUAUCGCUGACCUGAUGCAGCGCUGGACGAGCGAUCAGUUCGUCUCUGUGCUCCACAGGGUUUUGCUGCCCCCUGUCGGAGACUCCAGCACACGGCAGUCUCUGGCUUACUUUGUCCAGCCGGAUGACGAGGCUCUGAUCACCUGCUGUGAUGGCUCCAACAAAUAUCCACCAGUUACAGCAGGCGCCUAUCUCACUGAGCGAUUCAGUGAAUCAUAUGGAAGAAGCUAAAUUUGAACUCACCAUUCUGACCAUUUGAUUAAGAAAGUUUUUUUUUUUUUUUUAAAUCAUGUUCAGUGAGUUAUUGUCAGAAGUAUGAUUAUGUCACUUCAGAUUCUACAGUAAUUAUAAAACUGAAUGUUAACUUGUGACUGUGUUCAUAAGAUGAGUUGAACUUGAGGUUUGUGAUGAAAAUAAGAGACAGAAACAUUGUAUCUGCAAGCUCAUUCACCUUAAUUUUAGACAUUCAAACCUUGUACAUAAUUUUCAUGAUUUUUUUUUUCACAGGACAUUGGUUGGACAUUUAAGUACUUUUUUAAAAAGUCAAAUAAACAUAAACUGUUCAGCACAUAUACCAGGUUGCAGAGAGGUUGUUGUUUGAAAAUAAAGUAACCAGUGUAUUUGACUUCAACUCUUCAAAGUAUUUUGUGUCCAUCUUUGCUUUG